AUGGAGGAGCACUUCCCACCGCUGCGUGACCCACAAGAGUGGACAGUGGUGGAAAGCAGAAAUAGGAGGAACAGGAGAAUGAAGAGUACGGAGAAGAUAGAGACACGAGGCAGCUGGACACCGAGUAAGGAGGAGAGACGGGGGACAACGAGAAGGAGGCCACCAAAGACGGAAGCGGUCUGGAUUGCAGGAGUCAAAGGGGGAAUCACGGGGGCGGAUAUCCUCAAAAGGGCUAAGACAGGAGUAUCCCUGGAGGAGCUUGGAAUAGAGGAAACACGAACGAGAAGGACGUUAACGGGGGCGACGCUAAUAGAAAUAGCGGGAGAAGACAGCAAAAGAAAAGCAGACGAGUUGGCAAAGAAACUACGAGGGAUAUUUGCGGAAACAGAAGCACAAGUUAGGCGGCCGGUUAAGAAAGCGGAAAUUAGGAUCGUAGGACUGGACGAUGAUACAACGGAAGAGGAGGUACGACAAGAGAUAGCUAAAGUGGGAAAGGGUGAUAGCAAGGACAUUAGAACGGGGAGGAUCUCAAGGACAAGGAUGGGAACAGCGAUAAUAUGGGCGCUCUGCCCGCUAACGGUGGCAAUGGAGGCCGCAAAAAGGGGGAAAAUAAGAAUUGGCUGGACGAGCGCGAGAAUAGAGUUAUUACAAGCGCGACCAAUACGUUGUUUUCGGUGUAUGGAGACUGGACAUGUGAGGGAUCGAUGUACGAAUACAACUGAUAGGACAGGUAUGUGCUUUAAAUGUGGGAUUAUAGGACAUAAGGCUGUGGAUUGUGCAAACAAACCUCACUGCCCGAUAUGUGAAAAGAGUGGAUAUAAUGCGAAUCAUAGGGUAGGUAGCGAGAUAUGUUUACAGAAUAAAAGGAGUAGAAGAAUAGUAGUAGAGGAGCCUAUGCGGAGGAUAGGAAAUAUAGAUGGUGAUUAUGAUAGUACUACAAAUUAA